UCUGCCUGACCUCUUGAUUAUCUUGAUGGCAUAUCGAAGGCAUAAAGAUUCUGAAAAGGCAGUUCGGCCGACUACUCCACCUGUCGAUACAAUCUAUCCUAGUCCUUCUCCUUCACCAUGCUCGCCCAGCAAAGCAGGUCCCUCUUUUACGGAGGAAAGCCGAGACCACCACCCCCGAGGCACCACCACUCCACCUGUCGAUACAAUCUAUCCUAGUCCUCCUCCUUCACCAUGCUCGCCCAGGAAAGCAGGUCCCUCUUUUACGGAGGAAGCAGAGACCACCACUCCCGAGGCACCACCUAGCAGGGGAGGAUCCGAAGUGAGGGCACGCACCCCUGGUUCUCCCCCUCAAGGCGAACGUGACACGGGUUCCGAAGCGGACGAGCCACCCCAAUGGCCCACCUCCGCGAGCGUGGAGGCUUUCCUCCUGUUCUUUCGCCAACAGCGUCAACAGCGUAGAUGUGGAGGCUUAACUGACAAGGGGAAAUCUUGUCAGCGAUAUCAGAGGCAAGCCAAGCAGUCGGAGAUCGACGCGGCGAUAUUCUUGUUGAGGCGGCUGCCACGGUCUAUGCCGUGUCACACACUGGCCGACACGUUGAGAAAGCUCGUGCUACUUACCCAUUGCUAUUUACACGACGGCGAAAAGACGGUCAGUGCUCGAGUGAAUACCUGGCUCGACGAGUACUUCCCCCGCCCCACUGAUGCGGCUGUGAUUAUCCAAAAGGCACUGCCCGACCUCAGUACUACGUGCCUGGGCAGCGAAGACUGCUCCUGUGCACAAUCGCUGGGUGGCAGAGCUGUCCAGACAAUCAAGCAGAUCUUGAGCAAAAUCAAAGACCCCGUGGUCUACUUGAACGACAAACGGCUAACGAUCUGGCUAACGAGGCUUGGCCAACACUCGCCCGGCCCUGUCGGGUCCAGAAAACAGGGAUCGACCACGUCCCAGAGGAUCAAGAUGAAGCAGAAGGAUUCUGGCAAGGUCGGCAUGCUGCUCCCUAUCCCCGCGCAGCUGGGACUAUCCUCCCCAGGAUAUGAUACGUCGCCGUUUCAUCUCCUUGCGACCGGUCGUCCGAGUAAUGACGACGGCUGGAUGCCAGGCAAAGCCUAUGUACAAACAAUCAGCAAAUCCCUCGAAUCGCGAAACACCCGGCCAGGCUUUAUUUACGCCUAUACCGUGGCUGGAAAUGAGCGAUAUGUUAAAUUGGCUAUACCUGCAACCCGAUCUCGCAAAGACAUGAAGAGUGGACGUUUAGUUGCAACAGAGAGGCAAGUUGAGUCUCCGGAGCUGAUUGAAAGCCUAUGCCAUGCAGAGCUUCGGGCUCACAGGAUCAGAAUCUACUGCGAAGCCUGCCAAAAGCAGCACGUGGAAUGGUUCGAUGUCUCCUCGGAUAGGGCAACCAUAGCUAUCGAGAAGUGGUCUCAAUGGAUGACCAGGGUGGCCGACCAUCGGCCCAACUGGAGAAAUGCGGUCAAGGAAAUAGUGCGAGGGAAGGCAGGUCUUGAGACAGCGUUGCACGAGUUGACGCAACUCUGAUUAGCUAACAUUUGUUGUUUCGGAAUCUCACUGACUUUUUUGGCCGCUGCGGUUUCGGCCAAUAACAAGCGUGUAGUCGGGAUGCUAGACUCACAUCGAGUGACUCGCUGCGUAUACAGCCAAAGUCCCACGGCGCAUGCUGCAAGAACAGUAAAACGAGGUUCAAUGCUUGAUAGUGGUCGAUCUUGUGUGUCUUAGUUAUGGCUGUGAAACUCUGCACAAGUGCAGGGCAAGAACAGAGGUGCUUGUUGGCCAUGCAGAGCAGCAUCGGACACUUGAACCUUGUAUAUAUCCGCAAAGAAACUCAUCCGAGUGACAGGAACGACUGAAAUGGAGGGACUUUUGCUCGUGAAUGUAAAUCGAGGGGUGAGGCGGGGCUAGCCUACUAUUCCGCGUGAUAACCGGCGAAGAGACACCAAGUCAUAGAAAAAUAGCAGAGUAGCAAGAGUGGAACUAUCCGUACUCCGUAUAUGAUGCUUUUGCUGGUGAGUAG